AUGUCAGAGGAUGUGGUUUCGGAAAUUCGAAAUACAGUCCCCAUUUCAACAGGCAACAAAGUCUCUUCUUUCGAUUUGACUUAUAUGAAAAGCCCUGAAUUCGCAUGCCGGCUUAAUUUUGCAAUCCUAAUGCCCUCUCAGCUGAAAGGGCAAGCUGAUAAAGUUGAACGAAAUUUUGUUUUGCAAGGCUUGGGCCCUUCUCCAACGGUCUCUGUCAAAUAUCUUCCAGCUGGCAAAACAAACUCAAAUAUUAAAGCCUUCGUGAUUAAUGCUCUGAAGACGUGCAUCAAAGAUCAUGAUUUGUGUGGCAAAAUAAAUGCUUCACAGUUGGACUCACCACAGUGGUAUCCCACAAGACUGAUAGAUGUUGGAACUCCAGAGUCGGAUAGAAAUAGCGUCAAGCUAAUUGAGACUGAAAACAGUUUCCCACAUGGUUCAUACGUGACGUUAAGUCAUUGCUGGGGAAAUGCUGCCACUGUGUUCAAGCUUGAGAGGGCAAAUUUGCAGAGUUUGUUGAAGGAGUUGCCACCUCUUGCCAAAACCUUUGAAGAGGCAAUCAGCACAACAAAAGAGCUUGGAGCCCGAUACAUUUGGAUUGACUGCAUUUGCAUUAUUCAAGAUGACAAAGCCGACUGGGAGAGAGAGGCCAGUCUAAUGGCCGAUGUAUACCGAAAUGCCAUGUGCAACAUAUCCGCGACAGCCUCUUCAGAUUCCACUGGUGGUCUUUACUACGACAGAGAGGAUAUGUUAACCGGCAUCUCUCUCAGUUACCCUGAGGAACCUGAGGAGUUGCUUCUGAUCCGAGAAGAACUUGAGGUAGUGGGCGACAUCGAGUUCGCUGCGAUUACAAAGAGAGGUUGGGUGCUACAAGAACGAUUACUCUCUCCAAGAAUCAUCCAUUUUACGGGUCGGCAGCUCAUCUGGGAGUGCAACGAGCUCACAGCGUCCGAGAAUUUCCCUAACGGCCUUCCUAAUUUUUGGUCUUAUUAUUACGUACCAAAGAGGCUCAUGGCCGAUUCUCACAAACCCUUACCCGCAGGGGAGUUAGUGGAGAUUUGGGGAGAUGUUCUUGAGCGCUAUACCAAUGCAAGUCUAACAUUUCAAUCGGAUUUACUGCCUGCAUUGUCUGGCAUCGCAAAGUAUCUACAGGAAUUAUCCAGAGCUACUUAUCUUGCUGGAAUCUGGAAGACACAGGAGAAACCUGUUGUGAACUUGGCCUGGGAAUGUGAACCAAGUUUAUAUCGACCCACAGACUAUCGAGCACCUUCGUGGUCUUGGGCCUCCACUGACAACACAGUGAAAUUCGAGCCGUUCAAAAGCACAAGCGAUAGCCAUGAAGAUGGUUGUUUCGUCUACGUGGAAACGAAAGCAGAAAUUAUAGAUGCGCAAAUCACGCCUGCUACAUCUGAUUUGACGGGGCCCGCCUCGUCUGGAGUUCUUACCAUCGAAGGACCUCUCAACCGAAUAACCAUAAAUCCCGACUUGGAAGUGUUUGUUGGUGAGGAACGCUUAGAGAUUGAGAUAUCUUUUGACGAACCAGGAUCCGAAGAGGGGUCGCUCUUUAUCCUGUCACUGUAUUCGUAUCAUUCUGGGCAUGAUCACGCAGAGGGGACUGAUCAGGUUGUUUUUGUCUAUCUUAUUGUAUCUCUAGCAAAAGAUCAGCCAGGGUGCUACACUCGUUCUGGGUUGGGACGUAUUGCAACAUGGGAUUAUGAAUGGCCGCCCAUUUGGGACAAGGUUGUUGACGGAAUUGGUGCAGUGUGCGACGAGUUUCUUGGUUUAAAACGGGGACACAGAAUUCGAAUUGUAUAA